GAGACAUGGCGGCCGCUCAUGUAGUGUACAAGGGUCCAAGUAUUCUGAAGGAGAUCCUUAUUGGGAUAAGUCUGGGCAUCACGGCUGGAGGCCUUUGGAAAAUACACCACUGGAACAAUCGGAGAAGAACCAAGGAAUUCUACGACCUGCUCGAGAAAGGUGAAUUUAGUGUCGUUGUGGAAGACGAGUAAUCUUCAUUUGUUGUGAAUCUUUGGUUAUAUUGUUGUAAAUGCGCAUGGAUUAUCGGCAGUCUAGGCAUCUUUGUUGGUAGAAACUCGAACAUAUGAUCUUUCAGUGGAUGGUUAACGCAUAGUUUAGGAGGAUCUAAAUCAUGAAAUGAAAUGUCUGUUCUUAAAUACUCUUUCACUAGUCUCAUGUAUCAAUGAAUGACUUUUGUAUAUUAUGUGCGAAGUUAUGCUGUGUUCGGAAUUUUGCA